AUGAGGGAUACCAGGCUAGUGUUGAAAGCCGACGUUGAGAUGUUAAGGCAUGCAUCAGAAGUUUACACUCCUAAAGUCUUUAAGUUGCUCGAAGAAGAAUAUCUCAAAGCUUGGGAUUGUACCAUUGAUAAGAUUGGUAAAACCGAAGGCCAGGAAGAAUACAAAGUGAGAUAUGCUGGCAAAGGUGCAUGGCAUAGUGUUUGA